AUGCGUGUCGGGAAUGCCGACGACUGCGAUCGUCUCUUGCCAAGUUGUUCGCUAUGUGAUAAGUUCAGUCGACGAUGCAUUUACGAAACGUUGUCAAAGACACCGUUAACCAGGCAAUAUUUGACUGAGGUCGAGGAGGAAUUGACGCGGACCAAGGCUCUACUCUCCGAGCUUCUACCUGGGACUAGUCGUGACAUAUCCAAUGGGGAACGAUUUAUUUAUCCUGAGCAGGGUACGACCGGCGACCGGGGUCUGACGUCCGAGAUCCCUAACCGUGAGGGAUCAUCAGAGCAACCGGAGAGAACCUAUGUACCCCACAGCAAUAUCGGUUCCGAGACUAUCCCUGCUCCGGAGGUCCCCAGCCGACCCUCGCUGGGUGUCUUCAGCGCUUCUUUAUCGAAUAGUGGCCAGCUAUACGAUUACUCCGAUAGGAACCAGACAGGGAUUUCUCACCGGGCCAAUCGCCGAAGCCAGGACGCUGUCAUGUCUAUGGAGACGCCCCCUUCCGCCGGCAAUGUCAACUUCGAAUGGGAUGAACGCACCGAGGACCAGGGUGGUGAUGGGUUUGUAGAUGGAAUGGCUAUUCUCCCUAGCCGUUCUAAUGAUGGUGGCUAUUUAGGCACCGCAUCUGGUGCUGCGUUACUCCGAAUGACUAACUCCCAGUCUGGCGGGGAAAGGCUUGACAUGCCGGAGCCUGGUCGCCCAUUUGAAACAGCAUCUUCCCACCCGUCACCAAGCAUUCCUUUCGCAUUGAGUUCUCUGUCUCAGCUGGAACCGUUUGUCGAUGCGUACUUUUCCCUUUAUCAUUGCUCGUACCCGAUCAUUCAUGAAGCGACAUUCCGUGCGCAGUUCAUGGAGGUCAUUCCACGACCCACCAGCAAUACCUGGCAGGUGUUGUUGUACGUGGUAGCAGCCUUGGGAGCUUUUACAGCUGCAGUGACGCCGACUGAUGUGGAUCUGGCCUUGUUCAAGGCGGCAAAGGCUCGCUUGACUAUUGAUGUACUGGAAACUGGCAGUCUGAUUUUGGUGCAAGCGUUAACCUUGAGCUCAAACUACUUACAAAAGAGGAAUAAACCAAACUCUGGAUACAACUACCUUGGACUUGCUCGGCGGACUGCAAUGGGAAUCGGUUUGCACAAAGAGUUUCCCACUUCGAAAGCGUCCCCAUUGGCAAUGGAGAUGAGACGACGAGUCUGGUACUGUCUCUACAUCUUUGAUGUGGGCGCCAUCAUCACUUUCUCGCGGCCCUUGGAGUUUCCAGAGCAGGGAAUUGAGACUCGCUUGCCAUUAAACAUCCAUGAAAGCGGUAUUACCGCCAGUACACAGACCGCCCCGUCCCCAGUAACUGAAACUACUGUGUAUACACAUCUUCGGGCGCAAGCGAUGUUCCAUCUAAAGACAAACCUGAUUUAUACCAAAAUCACUUCGACCUCAUUCCCAUCUGCGGCUGAGCUGAUCGAACUAGAUGGCCGUCUUAUCGGCGACUGGUUGGCGUCUCUUCCGUACUUUUUCAAUGAGGGGGCCAUCCAGGCGCCCAAGUUUGCUCUCUGCCAUUCAAUCCUGCGAUGGAGGUAUCGUAAUCUCCGCAUCCUGAUGUACCGACCGUUUCUGGUAGGCAAAUGGAUGCUCAACUCCGACCAAGGCCCGGACGGUCUCCGUGAGAAAGACGAUACCCACGUAGAACUUGCCAUUCAACGAUGUUUCGAUGCGGCCCGCGAAUCUGUUGAGCUUAUCUCAUCGUUCUGGGCACAACAUCAGAAAACAACUAUGGCUUGCUGGUAUGGAGUAUACUUCUUGUUCCAAGCGAUCCUAAUCCCAGUGAUCUGUUUGCGGAACAAUCCGUCAGAUCCGGCCGCCCACGGUUGGCGGGAACAGAUUUUUCAGGCAGUCAACACUCUCGAAUCAAUGGUGCCACUUAAUGCGAAUGCUGAAAGGUUUCUCAGAGUUAUACAAUCUCUCUGCGGCUGCUAUCUCUAUCCUCGCAGCAAUGGCUGGGAGGGCCCAAUCCAAGAGUCACCUGAGACACAGAUCGCGAACCUCUACCCUCUGAUGUGGCCAACGUUAGAGAUGGCACAGCUCGAUGGUGUGGAUUCGGCUCUGCUGACACUCUGCCCGUUCUUCUCAGACAACAAUCUGUGA